AUGGGGAUUCAGAACGUGUUGCCUGAAUUUCUUGGAACUCCAUUUAAUGUAGAACAAUUGGUCACAGUCUCUCCUGUCCAUCACCUAACCACAUCUUCUCACAAGACUUUCAGAAUCAAGCAAUUCCUGGACAAGAAACAAAGACAGAAUUACCCCAUUCCUCACUGGAUUCGGAUGAAAACUGGUAAUAAGAUCAGGUACAAAUCCAAGAGGAGACACUGGAGGAGGACCAAUCUGGGACUGUAA